CUUCCGCCAUCGUUGUUGUCUACUGUUCACUUCUUUUUUGCCCUUUUAUGUGUAGAUGUGGAUCCCACAUAUACUAUUAAUAUAUAACAGUUGGCCUAACUAUUCAGAACACAGUCUCUCUUAAGUGUUCAAGAAGACAUUGCCGCUUUGCUUCCCGCUUCAUUUUUGGUGGUCAAAUCAAAGAGCAGUUCUAAAAAUCUGUGGGAAGAGAGAGAAAGGGUGAUGCUGGGAGGGCAGAGGCCUCCGUCGAAUUCGCUUGAAUUUUUGGAACUGGAAAGGUCGCCUUCCAAGAUCAUCAAGCAUGAUUCUCUCUCAGUCUACGAGGCUACACAUGAGAAGCUUAGACAAGGUUCACACCAUUGUUUAUCCUCAUUCUCAGAGCAGGCGAUUAUGGUAGAUGCCAAUUUCAGUUCUGCAAGUCAUUCACUGUCCGAGGAAGCAACAAUGGCAGUAGACUUAGACUGUACUUCCACCGGCAUCUCAUCAAGUGCAAGUAAUUGUCAGGCUACGAGCAUCUCAGAAGAGCCGCAAAGAAGAACGAUUCCUUAUCUAUUUGCCAGAUAUAUGAGUUCUCAAAGUGUUCUAAGCUCACCAGAUGAGGCGCUGGUAACUCAGAAUAGUUUUACUUCUGCAAGUGGCUCUCCGAGUUACUCGAGUCAUAAGGGUUUUGUUAAAAAAAAGGUUAUAAAUAAAAAUAAUUGGCAAGUUAAAAUGCAUAUAACCAAUCCCACAUAGUAUAUGUUGUUAUUGUCAUUGUAAGUCCUCCCUGGGUUCUAGGAUUGCAUAUUGAUGAGUGGCACAGCCAGAAUUUUGAGCAUCAAUGUGUUGCAUCCCUGAUUGUAGAAUGAGAUACUGUUUGGAUUGUACAAUUUAUUCUGCUGUGUGAUUAUUGCUUGUUUUAGAGUAACAAGAACUUGUACUCAUGUGGGGCUGUAAACAAGCUGAGUUGAGCCGAUUAAUGGAUCAUUCAUCCUCUG